AUGGUUGCAGGUGGCAAGGAAGUAGGAACAGGGGGUGGCAGUGUCGGGGGUCUGGGGGUACAUGGGCUUGAAUGGGGGUUGCCUCAGAAAGAGCAAGACGGCGGAUGUUUCUCUCUUGGUGUGACCGGUGGCAGUAUCGAUCAGCAAUGCCGCAAAGACGUUUGUGCGCCGAAAUAUGGGUGCGACAGCUUUAACCUAACCACUUCGGUGGAAAGCGGAUUUCUGUUCGAUACGGUGUCGGGAGUGCUGAGGGGGGAGGUCUUGGCCCUUGUGGUUGAAGGUGGCAAGGAAGUAGGAACAGAUGGUGGCAGUGUCGGGGGUCUGGGGGAACAUGGGCUUGAAUGGGGGUUGCCUCAGAAAGAGCACGACGGCGGAUGUUUUUCUCUUGGUGUGACCGGUGGCAAUAUCGACCAGCGAUGCCGCACAGACUUUUGCGCGCCGAAAUAUGCGUGCGACAGCUUUAACCUAACCACUUCGGUGGAAAGCGGAUUUCUGUUCGAUACGGUGUCGGGAGUGCUGAGGGGGGAGGUCUUGGCCCUUGUGGUUGAAGGUGGCAAGGAAGUAGGAACAGAUGGUGGCAGUGUCGGGGGUCUGGGGGAACAUGGGCUUGAAUGGGGGUUGCCUCAGAAAGAGCACGACGGCGGAUGUUUUUCUCUUGGUGUGACCGGUGGCAAUAUCGACCAGCGAUGCCGCACAGACUUUUGCGCGCCGAAAUAUGCGUGCGACAGCUUUAACCUAACCACUUCGGUGGAAAGCGGAUUUCUGUUCAAUACGGUGUCAGGGGUACCAGGGAAGACGGGGCCGAGUUUUGUUUGAUUUCGGGUGGAUGAGGUUGGGGUUUUGUUCGUUUUUCUCCAUCUAAGGUUCGUGCCUAGAGUUCAGCUGUAGUGUUUCGACAAAAGUUUUGUUGACUUAGAGGCAAACAUUCCUAGCUAUUGGGCAUCGAGUUAAUUUGGCUUGGCAUGACGGCCUUUACGAUCGACUUUUUUAUGUAUGUCUGCAUUUAUCUGCAAUUGUCGGAGGGCAAACAAAAUAAUAAUAA